AUGAACGAGCUCGGUGGUGGUGGUAGUGUAGACGAGGGAGAGUCAAGCAACAUUCCACCGAUUUCCACCGAUUUCCACCGAUUUUUGGUCGCCAGAUAUGCAACUGCUGAACGUGGCUUCUCUAUUUAUCAGAGUAUGCUGGCACAAGUCGAAGAUUCUUCAUCGUUCUCUUCCUCCGAUUCUGCUACACAGAUCUCAUCAUUCUCUUUGUCUGCUCCCUCUACGCAGCCCUCAUCGUUCUCUUCCUCCAAUCCCCGUGCACAGCUCGGUUCAGCCUCCCUCCCAGAAUACCUCGAAAAGGGAGUCCAGGUUGAAGUGAAAGAUCUCCGAGAGCUUCUUCCACUCAUUCCCCACGAAAGGCUGAUGGGCACAGAGGCAUCACAGAAGAGGUUUGAUUGGGAGAGACGAGUAGAUCAUAUACUAGGCCUAGGUCCCGACCCUGAUCCUCAGGAGACCGCAGCAUUUCAGCGUAGGAUACGCGAGCGUCGGAUACGCAGGGCCAAGGCAAAGAGGUACGUUGUAUGGUUGAGUCUUUAUAUCUUCAUCCGCAUACAGACCUAUGUCUUCCUCCCUUGA